AUGGGCUCGAAUUAUAGCACGCUUCGCUCCGGUUCCCCAAGCAUACUUGGGAAACGGUCUACUCUCGAUGAUGCUCUUGACGCACCGCCAGCGAAAAGGCUCAUGUCAGAAUGCUGUGGAUUUGUCGAAGAUGCCCAGGUUUUGUCCAAGCGUCGCCAUGAGGAGGACGAUUCGCAGCGUCACAAGAAACUUAAAGAAGACGAUUCCAAUUCACAGACUGAUAAGAGGGUUGUUGUGCAUGCGACACAUCGUCCAGUCAAUUCAAAGCAUGUAUUUCCCUUUUUGAUGCUCCCGGUCGAGCUAGGCAAUAUCAUUCUCCAUAUUUUGGCGAACGAUCGUGACACAUUAUACACACUUUCACUUGUGUCUGGGCUUCUCCGAGUCUACGUACUGCCGCUCUAUCUAAAGGCCGCAGGCUUCAUUGAUUCCUCGAACAAUGUCGGUCCAGUCAUAACUUAUGAGCACACACGGCCCAUCAUCAUGUGGCGCGGCAUGCAAGGCCUUCCUACUCCCCCAUCUAUGUGGAUCCGUAUCAUCGCGAAUGCAGCAAUGGCCAAAUGCCAGCUUUACGGGUUGGCGAGAUUCUUCAUCUCGAGUCGUACCCAGCUCGCUAUAUCCAACAUUGUCAUCAAGCUCCACAACGCGCGGCUCGCUCUAGCCACAUGCAAGUUCCUACAGACCGUGGCCGCAUCAGGGGUGUCGCACCUAUGUCUGAAGUCGCACUUGUCUAGCGAUCUUCGAGCUAUCGAGUCUCCUGAAGACAUCCCUGUCGUCAACUCCGGUCUAUUUUAUCCUCGUCUGCAGAAGAUGCAGGUCAAAUCUGCCGUAUUCUUCUCUGCGGAGUACAUUAGUUGGACGGUUCACACCCUCAACAGCGCAGCGCUCACUGCGCUCGAUCUCCAGCUCGACAACAGAGGUUCACCAUCGUGA